GUCUUUCCGCCGCGGCCGCUGCCCGAGCUUCUCCCUCCCUCCCGCCGCCCGGGGCCGCGACACUCCAGUUCCCCCCCGGGCGCGGCUCCCGCUGGCCCCGGGGCCCAGCCCCCUUCCCCGCCCCGGCAGCGGCUCCGAGGGCGCGGGGGGCAGCUCCCGCGCCCCCCCCCCCCCCCCCCCCCCGCGUCAUGUCCAGCGAGGAGAGCUACCUGGCCAUCCUGCGGUACCUGACCAACGAGCGGGAGCCGUACGCGCCGGGCACGGAGGGCAACGCCAAGCGGAAGAUCCGCAAGGCCGCCGCCUGCUACGUGGUGCGCGGCGGGACCCUGUACUACCAGCGGCGGCAGCGCGACCAGCAGCGCUUCGCCGAGCUGGAGGUGGUGCUGCAGGCCGAGCGCCGCGCACGCCUCAUCCGCAACGCGCACCUGGCGCCCGACGGCGGGCACCGCACCCGCCUGCAGACAUGGCAGGGGCUCUCGCAGAAGUACUGGUGGAGAGGUAUCCUUAAGCAGGUUAAAGAUUACAUUAAAGAAUGCAGCAAGUGCCAAGAAAAGCUGGAUCGCUCUAGAUCUCUGUCGGAUCCUUCUGAAAUGCUGGGGGAACUAGGACUGGAUGCAAAAUCUCAAGAAGAUAGCAAUGAAACAGAUGAUGAAUUGAGUAACACAGGAUCAAUUCCAGCUGGAUCCCCAAAGCCUGUGAAGAAGAAGCCAAUAGCAAAGCAUGAGCUUGUGUUUGUGGACAGUAAGGGCCUUGUGAAGCAGUCAUCUUCCAAACAUUGUCUGUCAGUCUUAAACCAGCUGAAUCAGCAGAGGCUUUCCAAUCAGUUCUGUGAUGUGACUUUGCUGAUUGAAGGAGAGGAGUACAAAGCUCACAAAUCUGUCUUGGCAGCCAACAGCGAGUACUUCCGAGAGCUCUUCAUUGAAAAGGGAGCUGUCACUAGUCAUGAAGCUGUAGUGGAUCUGUCAGGGUUCUGCAAGUCCAGUUUCCUGCCUCUGUUGGAAUUUGCUUACACUUCAGAAUUAACUUUUGACUUCUGUAGCAUGGCAGAAGUGGCCAUGCUUGCCCGGCAUCUCUUCAUGACAGAUGUCCUGGAAAUCUGUGAAAAUGUGCACAAACAGAUGGAAGAGAAACAAAUCACGGUGUACCAAAAGGGAGACAUUCAAACUGUGGAGUCAACACAGAACUUAGCAGAGCAGGCUGAAGUUGAGACACAGCCCACGGAUGGUGCUGAACAGCUUAAGCUCACAGACAGUGAAGUGCCAGUAGCUGUGAACGGAGCUCCUUCCUCUGCUGGGACAGAGGAAGCUCCUUCCUCUGCUGGGACAGCAGCACCCCAGCCCAACCUCCUGCACCCAGAGCCUCUGGAGGCCACUCCCCAUGAUCUUCCAAAGCCUGUGGAGCAGUGUGAAACAGCUGAGAAUUACAUCAAGAUCCAGCUGGUAGAGAGCAUUUCAAACAGCCUCUAUGAAAGGUUGGGUGCUGAAGAUGCGGACACAGAGAGUCAAACAGAAACUGAGACCGUUCAAAAUGAAAGUGAUAAAGCACAUGUGGACACUGCUGCUGAAGACCCCUCAGAGACACACACACAAACAAAUAAUGAACAGAGCAUCCCAGUUUCCCUGCAGGAAAACCUUGCUUCCAGCCAGGAUGAUACUUACAAGAGCAAGCUUCGCCAGCGUUCUGUCAGUGAAGGGGGAUAUAUCAGAUUGCAUAAAGGAAUUGAAAAGAAACUGCAAAGCAGAAAGACAAAUCCUAAAUCUGCAGUACAGCAGGUUGCCAUGAAGCUGGUACAAAGAGGGAAAAAAAUGAAACAGCCCAAAAGAGAUACCACAGAAAAUAACGAAGCUGAAGCUCAGCACAAGUGCACAGAGUGUGGAAUGGUGUUCCAGCGGCGCUAUGCACUUAUAAUGCACACACUGAAACAUGAAAGAUCUCAAGAAUAUAAAUGUCCUCUGUGUAAAAAGGAAUUCCAGUACGGUGCAUCCCUGCGGGCCCACCUUGUCCGGCACACUCGGAAGAGCGAAGCCAACCCCGCAGCUACGAGUGCAGAAGGGACGGGUGUGUCUGCAGUGAAAGGGAGAACCAAACGGGAAUUCGUGUGUGAUAUCUGUGGGAGAACUCUGCCUAAGCCCUAUUCUCUCAGAAUACAUAUGCUCAAACAUACAGGUGUAAAACCACAUGCAUGCAAGGUUUGUGGAAAGACCUUUACAUAUAAGCAUGGAUUAAAAAUGCACUUGGCUCUCCAUGAAGUACAGAAACAGUUCAAGUGUGACUUGUGUGAAAAGUCUUUUGUCACAAAAAGAAGUCUUCAGGAACACAUGAGCAUUCAUACAGGAGAAUCCAAGUAUCUUUGCUCCAUCUGUGGAAAAUCCUUCCACAGGGCAUCAGGGCUCAGUAAACACAUAAAGAAACACCAACCAAAGCCUGAAGUUCGUGGAUAUCAGUGUACUCAGUGUGACAAGAGUUUCUAUGAAGCUCGAGAUCUUCGGCAGCAUAUGAAUAAACAUUUAGGUGUGAAGCCAUUUCAGUGUCAGUUCUGUGGAAAAUGUUACAGCUGGAAGAAAGACUGGUAUUCUCAUGUAAAGUCUCAUUCUGUCACAGACCCUUAUAGGUGUAAUGUAUGUGGAAAAGAAUUUUAUGAGAAGGCUUUGUACAGAAGACAUGUAAAGAAAGCCACACACGGUAAAAAAGGAAGAGCAAAACAAAAUCUGGAACGGGUUUGUGAGCACUGUGGAAGAAAAUUCACCCAACUCCGGGAAUAUAGGAGACAUGUGAACAAUCAUGAAGGUGUGAAGCCCUUUGAGUGUCUGACGUGCGGGGUGGCCUGGGCCGACGCGCGCUCCCUGAAGCGCCACGUGAGGACACACACCGGGGAGCGGCCGUACGUGUGCCCAGUGUGCAACGAGGCCUACAUCGACGCCCGGACCCUGCGGAAGCACAUGACCAAGUUCCACAGGGACUACAUACCCUGCAAAAUCAUGCUGGAAAAAGAUACUCUUCAGUUUCACAACCAGGGGACGCAGGUGGAGCAUGCCAUCAGCAUUUUAGCGGCAGACGUGCAGGAGCAAGAAACCGAGAUUAGCUUUGGUGCUGGUGAGGGUGAGACUGUGGUAGUGACAGGGGAGACGCUUGAAGCCAUCGAAGCAGUUGCAGCUACUGAGGAAUGUACAUCAGUGUCUACUCUUUCUGACCAAAGCAUCAUGCAGGUGGUGAAUUAUGUAUUGGCACAACAGCAAGGACAGAAAAUGGCUGAAGGGACGCAGGCCAUUGAAACUGUAGAAGUAGAAGUGGCCCAUGUUACAACAACAGAGUCCAUUUAGAGUAUGAGAGAGCAUGAAGAGUGAGGUGUUACAAUCUGUGAGAGGCAAGUAUUGAAUGGGUUAUCUGGGGCUUUCAGUGAUGCCUGUUUUCAAACAGUUACUCCUCAGUACUGAACGCUGCGGUGACGAAAUACUGCACCACACGCUAGAGGGAAAAAGUUAAGAUGCUCCAGUGUGGGCCAAGGCUUUGAAAGCUAAGAUGUCUGUACUGACCAUAACUGAAAGAAAAAAAAAGUUAGAAUAAUGUUUUUUGUGUCAUGGAGUAAGUAUCAUGCUGUAACUUGAAAAUUAAAAGAAAAAUACCAUAUAAAAAGGCUGCACUAAAAACUAGAAAUGCACAGCUAUCAGUAGCUUUCUUUUUUUGUUUUGCUCAGGUUUGUGAGCAAAUUACUUCUAUUGGAUUCUGUCUGUUUACUCCCCAAGACAAGGGGGUGUUAGAAUGCUUUGUGCAGCAUGUGCUUCAUGUGACAUACAAAAAAAUUGAGGCUUUUUUAUUUGGGCAGAGGCACCAUUGGCUGUUAGUGAAUCCCAGUUUGAAGAAUUGACUUAAAUUCUGGGUCGGUGGGUGGCAGUCCAAGGUUCAGCAAAACACUGUUAAAAUCUUAUACACAUAAUGGGCAGGGAUCUUCUGAAGGCUGAGGAAGUGGUUCUCCAAGAUGAUUGUGAAUUCAAGUUGACCAGAGGACAGCCCACUGCAGGGAGACUCCUUAGAGAAGUCAACUCCUUUUCAUUUGUAAGGGAGGAGCUUUCCCUGCAGCCUCCCUGCACAGCCAUGUUUAGGUCAAUGUUUGGUUGUCUAAAGGAAGCUGUCGCCAGCACUGAUGUCUGUACCCAAAGCAGGCAGCCUAAUGAUGGAUGUUUCUAGUUUUGCUUUACAUUUAAUGUGCAAACUCUCAAAUGAAAAAGGUGUAGCAGCACACUUCUUUGGGAAUGUAAACAUGGUGAAGAAGUCCACCUAGUUACGAUCUGAUCUUGUAAGGAGGAGGAGCCUUGCUAAUUCCCAAAUAGGACACACAGCAAUAUCAGGAUAGAGAAAUAGGAAAAUCUUAGUAUGGGGUAAAAAUCAGAUUUGUCUCAAAAUUACCAGUGUCUCUAGAAGACCUUAUUACUGCUGCUGUAAGAAAAUACUUCUAGGGCCAGUUAAUUACCACAUAGAUGGAAAAAUCCUUACUAGGUGUUUCUGCAACCAGGUGUGAAUCGCAGCCAUGCUUGGCCCAAGUUUCCAUGUUCCUUAUUUAAUACCACCAACAGUGCACAUCUUGAUGUGUACAAGGUGUGGGUUCUUUUAUUGUUGGUUGUUUGGGUUGUUUUUUAAGCAAGCAGAUGUUUGUUGAGGUAACUGAAAGUGCUUUGCAUAUGAACAAUCAAAACUGUCUUUAAAUUAUUCUCAGUCUAUAGUGGUAUCAAAUAUUUCCUCAUUUGGACAGUGGCAAGAUACCCAAGGAGCCAGAAACCUGUACUAUUGCAGGGUAAACUUCAUAAAUAAAACAACGUGCAUAUAAUUCUGUGCUACAGAAACAGAUCCACUGAAGAAAAUUUAAGAAACCCUAUGGCAAAGUAACCACCUCAUUUGAAUUAGUAUUUCUACCUUUCAUCUUAUUUAACUAUGUGAGUAUCUGUCUACUAAGCUACAGAGUGGACUGUUCUUUUUAUACUUUGCAAUCCUGUAGAUAAGCAGUUAUUGAAAAUUUUUCAGCAAUGUGUAGUUUGAGUUCCUGUCUUGGAUCCAAAUUAAUUUGUAGAUGUCUAUUUCAAAGUUCAGGGUCUUCCUUCAGAAAAAUAAUGUAGUUAUUUAUACAUCCUGCAGCCCUUUACAAUUGUAUUAUUUUCUAAUUACCAAAUGGAAUAAACCUAAAAUUAAUAUUUAAAAAAAACACUGCUAGCUGUAACUUGAAUUUUUUUAUGGUCAAGAAUCUGGAGAUAGCCAUCCUGCUUAAAAUUAAAAUACUGCCAUUAUGAUGAAAAAAUAUUUAAAAGAGCACUAGGUAAAGUUUAAGUUUACUUCAAUGUUUUUAUCCUACAAAUUAUUACUAAAGUGAAGAAAUGUUCAAGGAAAAGUAGCUGUAAAUAAUGCUAGAACAUUAUUUGUAUAUUUAGUGUGUUACCUUACAAAAAGAAUAUUACCAGCACCUUAGUUUAAUCUUUGGUGCGUUUAUUUAUUUGCCCAACCUAUGGAAGAGGCAGAAGUGAAUGUGAAUUUCAGAGCCUUCCUAUCCACUGUAAAAAUGCUGUAACUGACUCAAUAGACUGCUCUUUAAAAACAACAGCCAACCAAACAAAUCCCAAAAGGUUGUUUCCUAAACUAGGUUCAGCCAGGAAUGUCAAAGCUGAAUGUUGUGCGCCCCUUUCCUGACACGCUGUGCCUUACCUUUCCAGAACGGCGUGAGGUAAGUAGGGAGUGUCACUUUUGGCUUUGCUGUUCCCACGUAUGUGUUGCCUUACAUUUUUCUUUAGACUUCAGCACUUAAGAUGUUCACUACCCUUCUGCAAUCUAUUUGAAGUCAGACUGCAAAUAUGCAGUUGAUAUUUGAUUUUUUUUUAAAUAAAUUCAUGAGAAGUGUCCAUUUAUUAAGUAUUCCUGGUGAAUUCCUGUACAUAAUUAAUUUGAUUUGUACAUUCUGCUCUUUUUAUUUAGUGUUAGAUGUAUAAAGUUAUGGUUAAUUCUGUCAUCAAAUAAACAGAGCUUUGCCAUGAA